AUGGAGCCAAACCUAAUAGCCGAGAUGUUGACGAAAGAACACCCAUACUUUGGGCCGCAAGCAAUGGAAACUUGGAAGCCAUGCACUCCUUACGACAAGCAGGUGGCGACCUCAAGGCUGUGGAUCGUGACAGCCUUGGAGUUAUACACUGCGCAGCUAGUCAUGGAUACCACGAGGUGUGCAAGAAUAUACUCCCAAGUUUGCCGAUGGGGUAGAACAAUGGCGGACGGAGGGGGCAGUGAUAAAAACGAUUAA